UAAAUUUAACAAUAAAAUUUUUAUUCAAUAAUAAAUACAAAUAUUCACUCAGUUUUUAUCUGACUUAUAAUAAAUUACAAAUUAUAAAUAAUAAAUUACAAAUUAUAUAUCCGGUCGUGCUCGGCACGGUUGAAGCCGGGACAAUUAAAAGUUAAUUUUUUUUUUUUUUUUUUGACAAUGCAGGCUUAUAUGCCUUACAACUUAGUAUCUGUUCUAAUAAUUCUCGGGGUGAGCCAGAGUCGAACCCGGGUGCCCCGGGUCAACAGAGGAUAAACCCACCACUGGGCUAUCCAAUCGUGCUCAUUAAAAGUUAAUUUUAAUUUUACGGGGCUGAAAUUUUCAAUUUAUCAGAAUGAAGAAUGAGCUCAUUUACCCGUUUAUAAAAUAUGAAACUUAAGGACAGGAAAGAUCAAAAACUACUUAACAAAUUCGAUUCAUGUAUUUGAGUACCGAAUCAUCUCAGCACUCGUGAUCAAAGGACUCAACUUUGGGAAAUAAUCCUCUUGCUCGAAAACCUUGCAUUAUGUUCUUUAAUAGCCUCUUGAAAACAGACAUUAACCAUCUUGUUCUGUCAUUGUCUUCUGUUCUUCUCCGUGCGGAUUUUGCCAGUUCGUCUCGUUGUAAUUUUAUAUUUUAUAGGGUGUCGUUGUUAGGAAUUUCUUGCUUGGCAGACACUAGAAUUGUUGAUAGAGAGGAACGACGUGAAGAUUUGAAAGGUGAGUGCGAUGCUGACGUUAUUAUAGCCAAGGUUAGAGAUGGAGACAGUGUUGAUGAAAGGUUGCAGUCUGUUUUGCAUGACCAAGCAUGUAGUGCUGUAGUGGUGUCUGAUAAGCUUGUUGCUCAGCUGCUCUAUCGAUUUAAGGAUGAUUGGAAGUCUGCGUUGGCAGUGUUUAGAUGGGCAGAAUCGAAUCCGGAAUAUAAGCCCUUGGCGCAAUCGUAUGAUAUGAUGGUUGAUAUACUAGGAAAAAUGAAGCAAAUGGAGAAGAUGAGAGCAUUGGUUGAUGAAAUGCGCUUGACUCAGAUGGUUACACUCAGUACCAUAGCCAAGGUCAUGAGAAGGUUUGCGGGUGCUGGUCAGUGGAAAGAAGCUGUACGGACAUUUGAUGGGAUAGAAAGGUUUGGGUUGCAGAAGGAUACUGAGUCGAUGAACCUACUACUCGAUACACUUUGCAAAGCAAACAAGGUUGAGCAGGCUCGUGAGAUCUUUUUGGAGCUUAAAACACAUAUCCUCCCUAAUGCUCACACCUUUAACAUCUUCAUUCAUGGUUGGUGCAAAAUCAAGAGGGUUGAUGAGGCUCACUGGACGAUUCAGGAGAUGAAGGGGCUUGGUUGUCGCCCUUGUGCCAUCAGCUACUCAACAAUAAUUCAGUCAUACUGCUGUCAGCAUGUCUUUCACAAGGUCAGUGAGAUUAUUGAUGAAAUGCGAGCUCAAGGUUGCCCACCAAAUGUUGUCACCUACACCACUAUAAUGUGUUCACUUACAAAUGCAGAUAAAUUUGAUGAAGCCAUAAAAAUAGUUGAUAGAAUGAAAUCUGCUGGAUGCAAACCUGAUACACUUUUUUAUAAUGCCUUCAUUCAUACAUUAGGAAGGGCUGGCCGGGUGCGAGAGGCUAUCUACGUUUUCAGAACUGAAAUGCCUAAUAUCGGUGUUCCCCCAAACACAUCAACAUACAACUCUGUGAUUGCGAUGCUGUGCCAUCAUGCUCAAGAACAAGAUGCAUUAAAUGUCCUAAAGGAUCUGGAGAGUUCUCGUUGCUCUAAGCCUGAUGUUCAAACAUAUUAUCCUUUGUUUAAGCUCUGCUUCAAGACUGGCAAGAUUGGAAACUUAAAGAAGUUGUUGGAUGACAUGAUUAAUACACAUCAUCUAAGCCUUGAUCUAUCAACCUACACACUUUUGAUACAUGGACUUUGUCGAACAAACAAAUGGGAAUGGGCGUAUCUCCUGUUUGAACAGAUGAUAGGAAAUGAUAUUACACCAAGAUAUGUGACAUGCCGUUUACUCUUAGAUGAGAUAAAACAGAAGAAUAUGUAUGAUGCUGCUGAAAAGGUGGAAGAUUACAUGAGGAAGAUGAAAUCUAAGUCAAUCAAAAGAUGUAGUCUCAAUUCUGAAGUGAAUCUAGAUGUCUUGCAUAUGGUGCUAGAGGCUUUCACAGAAAGUAGCGGAUGAACAAUAAACAUUCUCAAAGGUGAAGUGGAUAAAGCAG